AUGCAUCAUUAUCUUCAAAGCCAUCCUCCACAUUUGCACAUAUCUAUUCAACCAUCAGUAAUGGCCGGCGGCAGCCUGGCGGCGGCGCAGGUGGCGGCGAUGGUGCGCGCGGCGGAGGCGGGCGCGGAGGCGCGGCGCGCGGCCCGCGGCGCCUCGCGCGCGGUCAUCGAGCGCAACACGCUGCGGCACGCGUACGCGCCCGCGCCGCACCGCGCCGACGACAAGUGCACCAUAUGCCUGUCCGUGUUCGAGCUCGCCUCCGACUGCAGACGGCUUCCAUGCAUGCACUUAUUUCACAUGGAAUGUGUGGACCAAUGGCUGAGCACCAACAAGCAUUGCCCCAUUUGUAGAGUGGAUAUUGAGACUCAUUUAAACAAGGAUGCUACGUUUUAG